CAUCACAGCGCUCUUCUCGUUCUCAACAAAAGGAAGCCACACCUGGAUAGAUAGUAACUAAGCUGUGAAACGAGCUGAUGUGCCUAAGAUAAAUAUCGGCUUCAUUUUUGAGUUUCGAAGAUUGAAAUUCAUCAAACACGAUUCACUUUCAUCGUGUUCGACAGUGUAGCGGACAGAGACGCCGUUAUCUGGGUUCGACAGGUCGGGUCUGAGGCGGUGCUUCAAGGCGCUGUGUUUGACAGCCAUGGAAGUUCAGAGCCGCUCAUCAACUUUCGCUUAAGCAGCACUGGGCUCCGAACGAUGGGCUCGGUCAUGGAGGAUCCUACUCUAGAAAGACACUUCAAAGGACACAAAGAUGCCGUCACCUGUGCAGACUUCAAUCCCAGCCGCAAACAACUGGCUUCUGGUUCAGUGGAUAAAACCCUUAUGAUCUGGAAUCUGGCACCCAAGGCUCGAGCUUUCCGCUUUCUUGGCCACCAGGACGUGAUCACCGGUGUGCAGUUUUCACCUUUGGGCAACCUGGUGGCCACUUCCUCAAAGGACAGAACUGUCCGACUGUGGACACCUUCCAUGAGAGGAGAAUCGAGCGUGUUCAAAGCCCACACAGCUGCCGUGCGCAGCGUUGCCUUUUCACACGACGGCCAGAGACUGGUGACAGCAUCUGAUGACAAGUCAGUCAAAGUGUGGAGUGUUCACCGGCAGUGCUUCAUCUACUCCCUCAACCAGCACACAAACUGGGUACGCUGCGCCAGGUUUUCUCCAGACGGGCGACUCAUAGCUUCCUGUGGCGAUGACCGCUCUGUUCGGCUGUGGGACACAUCCACCAAACACUGCAUCAACUGCCUCUCUGACUGUGGAGGGUCAGCAACAUUUGUUGAUUUCAACUCAAGUGGAACCUGUAUUGCAUCCUCAGGAUCUGACAGUACACUUAAAAUCUGGGACCUACGGACCAACAAGCUAAUUCAACAUUAUCAAGUUCACAGUGCUGGAAUCAAUAGUUUCUCCUUCCAUCCAUCCAACAAUUAUGUGAUCAGUGGUUCCAGUGACAGCACCAUUAAGGUCAUGGACCUGCUGGAGGGACGCCUCAUUUACACCCUCCAUGGACACAAGGGUGCUGUAGUAACAGUCGUCUUUUCCAGAGCUGGGGAUCUGUUUGCCUCAGGUGGAGUUGAUGGUCAGGUGCUGAUGUGGAGGACCAACUUCGACACAAAGUCCUACCAAGAUGUUAUGCACCAGCACAGCAGGAGGUCCACCCCUGAUUCCCCACCUCACCUGAGUGACAUCCAUCCUAGAGGAGCCCAUCUUCAUCACCCAAAGCCCAUGGCUGUUCAGAUCAGUCCAGCGGUGACAGAUACUCUGUCCACUGACCCUCAUGUCAUAGAGUUGGGCCAAGCUGUUUACAGCUCUACGCUCCUCACUGCGCAGACGCACGCAGCCCGUUCCAGCGUGGAGCGCGGUGCCAGCGGAGGAAGCUGCACAGCAGGGGGCCAGACGGGCGCCGGCCGGGGAGGGGGCGGGAGGAGAGAGGAGCAGCGGGCACAGACUCCCUCGCUGGACGCGGUGUCGGGUGAAGCCUCCAGUCUGGACUCGGUCCUGAGGCACGUCGUUCUACAGCUGGAUAUUCUCACGCAGACGGUCUCGGUGCUGGAGGAGCGUCUCACCCUGACGGAGGACAAGCUGAAGGAGUGUCUCCGGCACCAAACCCAGAUUCUCAGGGACGUGCGGGCACCAAGAGCGAGGCGGAGGUCUGACAGCGAGGACGCGGACGAGUCCGUGCGUCCCACCUGAGGACAGACUCUGUCUGUCCAUGUGUUGGACACCAGCAUGAAUCUGACCACUGUCCUGGUGGCGGCUUCUCUCAGGGGUUACGUUCCAUGUCUGUGUCACGCCUUUUACUGUAAGAUGUUUGAUCUGUUUUGUAUUGUGUGAUUUUAAAGCGUGUUGAUCUGCACAUGCCUCAGCUCCUCAUGACCCUAACUUAUAAUAAAUGACUUUUGCAGUACUGAG